AUGCGCUCUUUGACGCUUGAUGGCUGCCGGCUUGUGACAGAGCGCUGCCGCCCGCUAUCUUCUUCACAAUUUGUCGCAUUACGGAGAUAUUCGCAGAGCUCGCUGGCAAAGCCAUUAUCCCAACCGUCUAAGGCACAGCUCCUUCGCUUUGCCCUCACCGGCACAACAUGCAGCGGACCUGGAGACAAGCGCGAUAAGAAACUCGAUGAUCGUCUGACAUCUCAAUUCCAAAAAAACCGGCUGUCAAAAGUAUCAAACACCACCCAUCACCAAUCACCGCCCCUACCCAAGCUUCAAAAAGGCCAUGGGCUGUCAAGAUUGCACGCGGAUAUUGAGACGUUUGUCAAUUCAGAGAAGUCUGGGGCCAAGCUGUUAAACUCGAUACGAUCGCUUGAAGAUGCACUCGAUCGGUGCCGUACUAAGGCGGAGGGGGAGGAUUUACUCAUGACAAUAAACGGCCUUCUGGCAAGGUUAAACCGAUUGGGGGUCAAAGAUACACACCAGCUACUCCUUCUUGGCAUGAGCUAUGCGGCGAAGGACUUUGCACCUAGAUCGUUGGCUUUCUACAUACGAAAUUACUCCAUGGGAAGUUAUGGCCCUCUACCACGGCCUAUCGGCAUUGACCUCAUAAACUCGCUGCUGGAUGGACUCAAACGCCGUUCUUGGGAAGAUCCAAAUUUCGAUAGAUCUGCGAUGUUGAGAGUGGUUACCGGAUCAACAGAUGAGGAGACUGGCUCAGUCACCUUACAUUCACUAUUAGAUAUCUCUGGUAUUCGGGAGAACGAGCUGCUACCGGUGUAUCUGCGGCUCCUAGGCGAACUAAAUGGGGAGAGAAUGGUUUCUAAUCUUUGGCGUCAAGUUCAAACUGAACUAGAGUUUGCGCAAACUCCGAGAUUGGCUGAGAGCGCCGCUGCUUCCAUGGAGGCUUUUUUGACUCUGGGGAUUCCGGAACGUGCUCUCGAAGCUGCUAGCCUGGCUUCAAAGUACAUGGAUUUGAACAAUCAUAUUUCCGUACCAACUUGGAAACUUCUUUUAGAGCAUGAUUCGCAUGGGCUUCUUCGGUCCAUAAUUGCCCCCGCAACUACUGCAGCUAUGCUGCAAAGUGACCUUCAUUCCCUCGAAUUAGUACUGGGUGCUACCUGGUUUAACGAUGGAACUGGUCACCACUACCACCCGCUUGGUACUGAAGAGAUCUCUAGUGACUGCAAGUCUGGAUAUAACUCACCAGAUCAUGCGUCGAGCGUUAACUUCGUGCGGCAGAUACAGGGGGCAAUACAAAUAGAAGGCUGUUCCAGGUCCCUGAAUAGCCUAUCCGCCAUUGCGGACCUUUUGAAUGAAUACGAAGGAGUUGAUCUUCCAUUGAAGAUAAAUCUGCUCGAGAAUUCGGACACCUUGGACUACGCUUGGUUUCCUUCUUGCUCACCCAUUGAAUUUAUUGGUAAUCGUCCUCCGUUAGGGCGUGAUACAGACCAGCCACUCUCCCCAACAUCCCUUGGGCUUCUCAGCGCACAUGUUGAUGGGAAUGGUGUACCAAUACAGAGCGUUGGGAAUUUGUCCCUAAUGCAGCUAGGGUAUAUCGGUGUUCGAGCAUCUGUGGCCAACACUGACGGUGAAAUAUCACAGGAUUUCAUAGAGAGGUGGAGGUGUACCGGGCACAUAAUUGCCUGGGAUAGACAGAGCGGAAAAGUGGUGGCUUUGUGGAUUGGAAAGGGCAACGGUGUCAUCCAUCCGGGAUUGGUGAAACCCAUUCCACCUCCCGAACUACCAUUUAUAUUUGGAAUGAUUACACUUGAUGAGACUGGGGAACCCAUGCUGUCCCAAUGUGAUCGCCUAGGGCCACUUAACAACGAACAGCCCUAUUGGGUCAAUAUUGAUUCCGGUAGUGGAUUGAUAUCGUGA